CUUUUCACCUCCUUCCCCCAGCUUUACUUGAUCUUCUUUGAUCUUCGAAACCAUCUAUUCCGUACCUAGUAGUUUGGCUCAAAUACUACCCUACUAAAGUCACUUUGGGGGCCACAUUACAAACAAUACUCCUAGCUACUUACCACCGGUGCUUUCAUCAGCUCCGAGCCUUAAACUCAUGACUAUCAAUAUCCUGACUCACUUAUCUCACUUCAUCUUGUCUCUUCUCUCAUCUAAACCAUAUACCUUGAAUAGUUUCCUCUACCAAUUGCUAUCAAGUCAUUUAUUAUAAUUCCCGUUUUACAUACUUGCUCUGCAUACUUAUUCCAUACUUAUUCCCAGCCGUUUAUCCUUCAUUAACUUCCUAGUACUGAUUCUGGCCGAGGCAAUCGGAAGAAUAAAGCUUGUUCUAGCUUGUCUCAGCGGGCUCUUACCGAGCUGUAACUUGAUGUGUUAGUUUCAGAUUUAAGCACAGCCAUUUGUCAAUAUCGCAUGGGCUUUAGACCAUACAGUUACUGGACAAUCGCUGUAACUUAUUCAUUUCUUCGAAUUCUAUUCUGGAAACCUGAUUGAGAAAUUGGUUCAAUCGAUUGUGAGCAUAAAGGAAAAGAAGUAUUGAAACAAACUUGUUGUUAUAUUAAGGGUUCAUCUUGUCAAAGUAUAGACAAGGAAGUGAAGCUAUAUCAAGAUGGUAUACUGUGGCAAGCCUUCCCGGGGCUGCCAGAUGUGCAGAACUCGAAGGAUAAAGGUGUGGUAUCUUCAUUGUAUUUCUUAGAGAACCUUUGGAAUGCUAAUAUCAUACCGAUAGUGUGAUGAAACCAAGCCGACUUGCCUCCAGUGUCAAAAAUCAAGACGACAAUGCCCGGGAUAUAAGGAUGACUUUGAUCUCGUCUUUCGUAAUGAGACGAAGGCUACAGAAAGACGAGCACGACGAUCACUAAAGAAUAAGAAAGGUAACCAUAAUAAUACCCAAACUGGAUCCGGGAAUCGACGUGAUGGGGAUCGCAAAUUCUCAAUUGUGUCUAGCGCAGGUGCCGAUGCCGAAAUGAUGUAUUCAACGGCUGGAAUGGACCUCGCCAAGAUUGAAUCCAGCGGCAAUGAUCCUACCUCAUCAGAUGCAUCGGGAUUACAGGUGGGCUUCACUAGUUCCAUCGAACAACAAGCACCAUGUUAUUUCAUGUCAAAUUUCGUCAUAAUACCACAAAGUGGACAGAUGCGAGGCUCUUUUGACUGGGUGUUACCAUUAAUCAAGACGGAACCUUCUGACUCGGCUUUAUCACUUUCAUUCCAAGCUGUAGCGAUGGCUUCUCUGGCGAAUAGACCAAGCGCAAGAGGAAGCAAAUUGAUGUAUUCUGCUAUUGACCAAUAUGCAAAGGCCUUGAAGGUGGUUAAUUUGGCGUUACAAAAUCCAGUACAACAAAAAACCGAUCAGACAUUAGCAUCGAUUCUUUUACUAGGAUUUUUUGAAACCGUCACACAAGAGAAAACGAGUAUCACGGCUUGGGGAUCACAUAUCGAUGGAGCUGUACAGAUAGUGAAGAUGAGAGGCAAGAAACAGUUAAGGACGAAAGUUGGCGUUGCGCUAUUUCAAAGUGUUCGAGGACAAAUGGUAAGCUCAUUGUCUCUCUAUUAGGGGCGUUAAUACUGAUAUGAAAAUAGCUUAUCAAUUGUCUUUCUUCAUCUAAAACUCCCGCAUUAGGAACCGAAUGGUGGUGUGCCGAUGCUCAAAAAGAUGAAGGGGCCGCUUUCGUCAAUAGACUCAAUCUUGAAGUCGCCGAACUUCGUGGCGAUAUAAAUAGAAUACUAAUGACACAUUCACGAUCACCGGAAACCAGCGAAUUAAUCAGUGAGAUUAUGCAUCGUGCUAUUGAACUAGAACUAGAGUAUCAGAGAUGGGAAGAAACGCAAACGAAGCAAACAGUAGCUUGGGUGGAUAACAUUCCCGGAGGUGAUAUCACAAAAGCUGAUGUAUGUCCCGGACGAGUCGAUCUCUAUUCCGAUGUUUUUUCCUGCUCUUCAUGGAAUUUUUCCCGCGUAUCGAGGAUUUUCAUCGCGGGUAUUGUUAUUCGCUGUGCAGCAUGGAUUUGCUAUCCUGUGGAUUAUCGCACCACACCUGAAUACGCGCAAAUGUCGAGGAUGGGUCAGGAAAUGAUUUGUGAUAUUAUUGCCUCUGUUCCAUUUAUGUUUGGAUGGCAUUUGGAUAGUGAGGGACGAUUGAAACCGGGAGAUAUCAUGGGUGGUGGGGAGGAUGUUAUGGGUGUUAAGGCUCUUGGGGCAGUGCAUACGAUUUGGCCGUUGUUGACGGUUAGUUGCAGUGAUUUUACGACGGAUUCGCAACGGUUGUGGAUUAAAGGACGGUUUAAAUUUAUUUCUGAUGUUAUUGGUUUGAAUCAGGCGAAGGUGGUUGGUUGUGUACGUGUUUUUUCUCUUUUUUUCCUCCUUCUUCCCACUUUCCUACUUUCCUACUCAUCUACCUUUUUUCUUAACAAACCGCUAACAAAAAGCUACAACUCCGACUCCCCUCCAUGAUCGUCCGUCGAGAUAACAUGGGCUACGCAUCUCUCACAGGACCAAAUUCUAUUCGUCCCCUUGGAAAACCAGCUAUUAUGCCUGCACUACCUUCUUCAAUCUCGUCACUUACGUUUCAACAGCGAGAAGCGAUAAAGAGGGAAAUGUGGGAACGGGAACGUAAAGCUGCGAUGGAGAAGGAGAAGGUUAGGGAAGUUGGGAGGGUGGUGGGAGUUGGUGGGAAUUCGAGGAGGGGGAGUGCGAAUGGGAAUGCGUUGGGUGGUAGUGUUUUGCUGCAGUAUCAGCAGAGUAAAUAUGGGUUGGGUAGUAAUGGGGGAGGUGGAGGUGGAUCUGGAGUUGUAGGGUUUGCAAAUGGAAAUGCAAGUGGAAAUGGGAAUACAAGUGGGAACAUGCAAAAAACAGGAGAACUAAGCUGGAAAGUUAGUAAUGAGCAAGGAAAUAAGAGGGUUAGGAUGGUGGGAAACUACUGUUUAAUUUGGAAGAAAGUGGGGGAAGAGAUGAAGAGCGUGGGUGGGUGAGUGGGAGCGAGGGGCCGGUGGAGAAGGGUUAAGGUAAAGAGACUCGGGAGAGAAUAUAUGGAUGUAGGGAGGAGUUGAACUUUGUUUGUUUAUUGAAUUUGGGAAGGGAUGAGGAUUGGGAAGGGACGGGGAUUGGGAAUGGGAAUUGGGAUGGGGAUAUCAAGUGUAUAUUGGGAUGGAGAUUGGAGUCAGGGAAUGAUUGGAGUUGCGGGGAUUGGAAUUGCUGGGAAAGGAAUAAAGUGAUAGAGUUGGAAAUAUGUAUGGAACUUGAUAUAAAGGGAUAGGAAAGGAUAUCUGGAUAUAUAGGGUUUUAUCUAAGUGUUUUAUA